AUGACAGUUACCAUCGACUCCAAUUCAUCAUUACCACCUGGCGCCUCGGUCAUGGCGUCCGAAUCACUUCAGACGCGCCGGGCACGCCCCAGCCAGGUCAAGACCGACCUGCUACCGCAAACACAGCUGGUCUUGAUACCACCCUCGGCCCUCAGCAAUUCUUCUGUAUCACCUGCCUCGCAACAUGGCUCGCCCGCCGAGACCGUUGGGACCGGUAUCACCACCAGCAGUUCUCUUCAAGCGUCCCCCGAGACACUAGUGGCUUGCCAAGAACAGGGGCUAGACGACCUCUACCAGAUGGUCGCGCCUUUCCAACUCCCCGAGUCCAUCAUUGCCAAGCACCAGCCUGAACAGACCAUCACUCAGAUGUCCAGGAGGACUAGCACUGCCUCGCUCAGCCAACCCACCUUCAAGGCGGCUGGCACCCUAGCCAUGGGGAAUAUCGUCCGGCGCGCCUCGAUGACGGUUCGCAAGGCCGCCGGCUUGAUGAACAGGCGGCCGUCCUCAACUCACCCGAGGAGCCGCGACGGGAGUGUUGGCCCCGGUGUAAUACGCCGGAGAGGCAGCGUGAGCAACCCGAACACGCCCUAUGAGAACAUCAGCCCCUUUGACAGCGAGUCGGACAACGAAGCCGCCGUUGUCGUAGAAGAUCGUCCCGGUGACGAUGCGACGCUCCAGGAGACGGGCUCGAUCCGUUCGUCAACUUCGUCUGAUGGUUUCGGCUUGAUCCCGCUCUCCCUCCGCCAAGGCAUGAGCCUGACCAAGGUCUCCAAGAAGAAGAGCACCAAGCGGAUCACCUUAUACCUCGAUCCCGAUACGGCUAAGAUCUGGUGGGACAGGAACAAGUACCUCUACAUCGAUGACAUCAGAGAGAUUCGCACAGCCGAGGACAUUCGGCAGUAUCGGCUCGACUCGGCGCUCCCCGAAUCUGUAGAACCUCGCUUUUUCUCCCUGAUCUACACGCUCCCCAACAAGACAAACACCAAGCUGUUGCACCUCAUUGCCGACAGCGACGAGUCCUUCCAGCAGUGGAUUGUGGCCCUCGAGACCAUCUCCAAGCACCGUCAAGAUUUCGCUACAAGCCUGAUGUCCUUUAACGACAAGGCUGUCCGCGCGUACUGGGGGAUGGAGAUGGAGAGGCAGCUGGGGAAGAUGCGUUCCGCUGAGGACGAGCACAUCGAUUUCGCCGGCGUUGAGCGCGUGUGCCGUAGCCUACACAUCCACGUGUCCGUCGAUGAAUUACGUAGAAAGUUUGACAUGGCCAAGGGUCGACGGGGCAGCUCCGACGACCUGCCGUCCAGCCCGAAUCACGGGUCUCGGCUCAACUUUGACGAGUUCAUCGAAUUUGUGCGCCUCAUGAAGACCCGCAGGGACAUCCGACGCAUUUACCACACCCACGCGAAAGACGCCGCAUCUGGCAUGACGAAGGACGAAUUCCUCCAAUUCCUGCGCCACGUGCAGCGCGAGGCUGUCGACGACGAUCUAGCCUUUUGGGAGCUUGUUUUUGCGCGAUUCGCCCGCAAGGGGAAGCUGAGGGACACCGAUAAGCAAGGGAUCACGGGCGAGGAGCGGUUGACCAUGUCAGAAACGUCAUUUGCCGGCUUUCUGACGUCCACCUCGAACGAAGCCAUCCCCAAGGAGCCCCAGGAAUACGUGCUCGACCGGCCCAUGAACGAGUACUACAUCUCGAGCUCGCAUAACACGUACUUGAUCGGCCGCCAGGUGGCCAGCAUUUCCAGCCACGAAGGUUACAUCUCGGCUCUGCUGCGGGGUUGCCGCUGCAUCGAAGUCGACUGUUGGGACGGAGAGGGCAAUCAGCCAGUCGUGACGCACGGCCACACUCUGACGACGAGCAUCUCGUUCCUCGAAGUCAUCAAGACCAUCAACAAAUACGCUUUCGCCAAGUCACGCUUCCCUCUGUGGAUCUCGCUCGAGGUGCGCUGCAGCCCGAACACGCAAAUCAACAUGGCCAAGAUCAUGAUCGACAUCUUCGGCGACAAGCUGGUGCGGGCGCCCCUGGACCCAUCCUCCGACCGCCUGCCGUCACCGUCGGAGCUGAUGGACCGUAUCCUCAUCAAAGUCAAGAAGUCGGACGAGUCGGUCAGGAACAUUGACCGACCCACCGGGCGGCGGCGUGGCAACAGCGUGCCUUCGCCGUAUCUACGAGCGCUGGCCAUGGAUAACGUCCCUGUGCCGGUCCCGUCGAGUCCCCUUCUUAGCCCGUCUCCGGCUUCGAGGUCCAAUCGGCAGAUCAACACCAUCACCGAGGGCUUGGUCCACGAAGCCGUCAGUAGCAGUCCGAGCGAGUGCGAUAGCGAAAGCGAACUGGGCGCCGCCAAAAAGGCCAACAGCAAGAUCCAUCCCGUGUUGGGGGAGCUGGGCGUGUACUGCAUGGGCAUCCACUUCGAUGGCUUCGACAGCCCCGACGCCAAGAAGUUCAACCACAUCUUCUCUUUCAAGGAGAAGACGUUUGCCGAGAAGAACCAGCUGAGCGAAGGAAAGAGAGCUCUGUACCGCCAUAACAUGCGCCAUCUGAUGCGCGUCUAUCCCAACGGCGGGCGCAUCUCAUCGAGCAAUUUCGACCCUCUCAUCUACUGGAAGCGCGGAGUGCAGAUGGCGGCCCUCAACUGGCAGACUUUUGACACGGGCAUGCAGCUGAACCAAGCCAUGUUUGACGGCGGCACAGCCCAGUCAGGCUAUGUCCUCAAACCCAUCGAGGGGCGUACAAUCCAAGUGAGGCCUAACCUGUCCCCCGACGAGUGUGUCGGCAGGCGCGUGCGGAAGAAGGUCGCCUUCGAGAUCGAGGUCAUCUCUGCGCAGCAACUAAUGCGACCCUCGAACCUGGGCGAAAAGCGCACGGUAGACCCCUACAUUGACGUCGAGGUGCUGAUGGCCGACGACAAGCGGAACAAGGCGGACGCGGCUGCGUAUGCCGCAGCUCAACAAAUGCAGCUCAAGCAGCGCACCAAAGUCGUGCGCGACAAUGGCUUCAACCCCGAGUUCAACAAGGCCUGUACCUUCGAUGUCACCACCAAAUAUCCCGACUUGAUCUUCGUGCGGUUCAGCGUCAAGCUCGCGGACAAGGGUGGAUACAACGACAAGGCCCCCUUUGCCACUUACACGGUCAAGCUUUUGCGACCUCAAGCAAGGCUAUCGCACGAUCCCACUGGCCCGGUCACCGAAAUCCUGGUCUCGUAUCAGGAAGAAGCGCCGCUCAAGAACGGCAACAAACUCAAGAACAUUGGGAGGAAUGUUUUUGCCAACACGAGUCCGAGCCCCAAGUCCAGCAUGGACAGCGGCCGAACAACAUGA